GCCAAUUUUUCAACAUAUCAACUGGGUCAUUGCUGAUACAGGUACCUCCCUUUGUCUUCGAUUCCCGCGGAUACUCAAGCGAAUUUGUUUUUUAGAAUCUAAUAUAACACGACUUCUCCUUCAACUCAUCCCAACCGUUUUCCUUUCCGUCUCGUGCCAACAGCGCUGCUUUUGCUCCCUGCCAUGAACCUGAACCUAUAAUACUUCCGACAGCGUUGGCCUUGCAAGCGCACGAAAAGCUCAGUGUUUACACCAUCUCGACCGCCAAAACAUGCCCAGCGAAACCGAAAGAUCCGUCAAAACGAUCGGAUCUCCCACUAACCGCAAGCGACCACCUCCCGAAAACUUCGAGAGACAGCGUCUGAAGCGACCGAAGAUCGAAUACGAAGAAAACGACGUAUUACUUUAUUACGAUAGCACCCUCGCAGCGCUCGCCGAUGAUCUUGGGGGAUUGGCCAUGGCACGGACUCUGGACGUGCUCCCUGACGAGAUCCUGACCAGCAUCUUUGAAUAUCUCAUUCCCCAGCCCGUCGCACUGGGGAACGGCACCUCGCUAUGCAACCGCCUAGUGUGGGAGUGGACAAGCUACUGCAUAGCCAAGGCUGACCUGGUCAGGCUCUGUCGCGUUAGCCGGCGGAUCUACACUAUAGCCAGACCGCUCUUGUAUCGCAAUAUCCUCAUCACCAGACCUUACGGCUUGUGUCUCCUCCUUUGUAACCUCGUCCGAAACCCUUGGCUAGGACGUCACAUUCGACACAUCUCAUCGGCAAUCUCCCUUGAAGAUCCAGAUACGGUCUCACGUUGCGGCAGGGCCUGGGAGUGCCUUUCGACCCUUUUCCUUGACCACCUGCAGCUCGAUGGAGACAUUGGCCAGGAUCACUCGUUUUGGAAGGUGAGAAGUUGGUUUAAGCAGCAUGCGGCGAACAACGUCACGGAUCCUUUGUUCCCGUCUAUGGUCCUCUGCGCCAUCCUCUGCCUUGCGAACAAGAUUGAGACACUAUAUCUCCUUCUGAGAGAGCCCAGUCCGGACUUUCCUCGGUCGGUUAUGUGGACUUGGUUUCUCGACGAUGCAAAUUCAUCGGUAGAAAGCCAUCAUAGCAUUCCCCAGGGCAUCACCACGAGUACGGGCUAUCCGCCUUGGGAGCAGCUCAAUGAAACCCCUUGCUGGCCGCCUCCCUUUCUAUGGAAAGUGGUCAUUGAGUUUGGGGACUACGGUGGCUGCAACCUCGUAACCUGUUACAUGAUCAGGCACAUCGACUCUGGGAUCUACAUGCACCAGCGCGACAAGUUUUGUGUUCCAGGCAUGGAGGACACGCUCACAGCUCUGAACCAGGGACGAUACCCUCGCUCGUCCAUAGUCCGUCUCACUGCCGAAGAACAUAGCCACUUCAACGGCUACCUCGACUCCCUCAUGCGCCUCGAAUUCUUCAGGAAUCUUCGACUUAAGCGCUUUAUCGACGCCCUCAAAGCCAUGGCCCACACGCAAGCCAUCCCUUCACGCGACCUCAAAGCGAUGGCCUACACAGGAACCGUCCAUUCACGCGACCUUAUCAGCAGCAGUCAGAUGACUCUCCGCUCCCUGGGCGAGAUUCUCUCACACAUGAAACGGAGCUGGUCACCUCGUCUCAACGUCAUCAACAAAUUCCUGAGCAUCCAUGUGGGCGACUUUCUCUACCGCCUGCUGCCCCUCACCGAAAAACCCAUUCACAUCGACAACCUCGUCUCCCUGACGCUGUACUCAGAGCCACCGAGAAGCAGCGACAUGUCGGAGCUGGUGACGGACCGGUGGCGGCGGUACGAUCCAAUGUUGAGUUCGCCUCAUCGCCCGCUGGAAUUCCGCCUAUUCGCCCUCUCUCAGAAGGCGCCGAAACUCAGAGAACUGCACCUCCCGCUGUGCAUGGGGCCCGACCUGACCGCGUUCAUUUAUGGCCCGCCUGGCAGGCUGCGGUGGCUGGAUCGGCUUGCCUCGCUGCGAACAUUGACAAUCACCAUGGAGGGUCUGUUUGGCAAGUUUGCGCGCUGUGCCUACAUCUUUGACCUGCUCGCACGGCAACCCCCUAAUGCAGCCGGAACUGCCAGCACCAAGGAGCUCGAGGAGAGAAUGCUGCGGGGCUUGGUGGAGGCGCUGCCGCCCAGCCUGGCCAGGCUCAACCUUAUCGAGUGGUUCGGCGAGUAUGUGAACGAGGAGUGGACUGCCUCUCAGAAGUCUAGAAUUGAGAAGUACCAUAGGAUCAUUGUCAUGGGGUUGUGGAAGCUGCCGAGGUUUGUGAAAGAGCAGCGCCCGGCGCUGAAGAUGAUCGAGUUUAGAUCGAAGCCCUGGGAAGAUCUGAACUCGGAUGCGCUCUUGGAAUACUGGGCGACAAUCGGGAGAAGGGCGAUCUUUUACGUUAUCAAGGCGUAUGAGAGACAUGGGGUUAAGUUGGCGAUUCGGAGUGAUGUUUGGUACUGCUACUGAGCGGGAGGAAACCAGCAUCGAGAUAGCACUGGACCCAAUAAGCGAGGGGGAUUAGCUGAGGGCUCUCAGCGAGCGCAAGGUAGAUAGAUAUUUACACGGACACAGCAAUACUAUAUCUUUCCUCGGCCCGGUCAGGGAUUUGCAGUCAGCAUAUGGUUCCGGCAGCAUGAUAUGAAUCGACUGUGUCAGUAUAAAGUCGGCGAUUCUGAGCGCGACGUGACGUUGCCUCACAUCAGAGUGAUGCCACCUUCAAAGGAGGUUCAGUUGUAUCUAGCUGUUAAAGGCAUGAUGACCCUUCGCAACCACUACUAGUAAAUGGUGGCAGAUCAGCGUGCCUGAAAUAUCAAGGAAAUGUUUAUUAAGGCAGAUCAUGGCGACUAGCGUA